CGCCCUCUACGCUUCUUGCAUCUCGCUCCAAAGUCCAAUGUUGUCGCAAGAAUCUAUGCAAGAACCAAGAUCAAAAGCUCCAGUCCGAGAUUAAAGUCAUCCUUGUUUGUUUCUAAACACCAGCUAAAUGGCUGGAAGAUUGAAAGGAAGCUUAACGGAAAAGGUGGACGAGAUUAAGAGAAUGCAAGCCAAUUGGCUGAGGGAACGAUCUCUGAACAUAGAUGGUAUGGACAGCAUUGAUGAAACACCUCAAGGGGGAGCAGGAAGGAAGAGCCGAGACAAUGCCAGAAAGUCUGCACCAACAAAUAAUAAAACUGGAUCAGAAACUAUGUCAUGGAGUACAGGUAAUCAUAAAAAGAAUUCUCAUCAACCUCCAACAAAUUCAUCCACCAAGAAGAACACACUGAGAACAAGAUCAGCUUCCCCUUCCAGGAGUUCAUCAAAGCCUUCAAAAAACAGUAUCUCUCUGUCGGCAUCAAGUACCAAAAGACAUGGAUCCAGACCUUCAAGUGCAAAGAGCACUACUAGUGAGGGGUCACGUCCUCCCUCCGGGAGAAACGUUCCAUCUUCAAGAUCAGAAAAAUCAGCAAGGACGGACCAUGAGAGGAGAGUCAAUGAGGACCAAGUGUCUUCAGGUUCAAGAGACAGAAAGAAGGGUGAACCAGGGAUGUAUGCUAAUCCCAACUGGAAUGACAGUAGAGGAUCUCAUGGCGAUGAUGGGACAAUGUCCAGUCGACUGCAAGGGGAUGUGGACAACUAUGACGAUGCAAGGACAAAUGUGAUGCAUACCUCAGAGCAUGCUCAACAAACAGUUGACGACAAAUGCUUGGUGGGGGAUGCCUACAGCAGGGUUGGUGGCAGCGAGUCGGAAAGGAGAACGAGACCAAAGCCUGCGUUGGAUCCUGAUGCCUUUGACAGGCUGGCUGAUCAGAUUGCUAGUAGGGUGAAGGCAGAGAUAAAGGAUGAGAGACAGGAGUUGAUGAACCGAUCGGGAUAUCCUCAAGGUGUCCUGGAUGAACCAGAUGAUGAUACAGGAUACAUUGAAGGACAUCACUGCGGUAAAUGCAAGCAGCUAAUGGUACCACCGGAUCAUUCUGCAACCCUUCUCGUUCCCUGUGGUCACACCCUCUGUGAAGCCUGUGCUGAAGAUAGAAUCAAAUGUCCAACCUGUAGAACAAGAGUCACUUCGACAUCCCCGAAUUCAACUCUCCAAGAACUCGUAUCUUCCUCUAGACCAAACUCGGGGGCACGCCCUCUGAACACUCUGUCCAAUCACAGAACUCCUGAUGUCAAUCAAAAUCAUGUCUCGAUGCAUUCAACCAAUCACAACCCAGAGAGCCACAGACCUCCACAAUAUAUGCCUGAUAGAUAUGCAAAUGAAGGACAAGUCAUGAACAAGCCAGUGGGGAGAGACCACAGUGUUAGUAAGGCUCUCAUUGGUUGUGAUAGCAAUUCUAGUGAUUCUAGGAUGAGGGAAAGUAAGAAUGCAGGAAGCGAGAAGGCCGAUGUCGCCCGGAGCAGGAGGAAAAUGAGUCCGGAGGAAGAAGCAAGGAAAAUGGAGGAUGAAUACCAAUCACUCGGUAUCCGGUGUGAAGCGUUGGAGAGCGAGGAGGCAGAUGUGCUGGAGAGGGUCGAGAAACAAAACACAGAUAUUGCAAAACACAAGCAACAAAUGGGCAACAUCGCACAGAAGCAGCAGCAUUUGAGGGAGGAGAUCAAGGGUCUGGAGAAGAGACUAGCUGACCUGGAAGGUCAUCGUCAGGAAUACAAGAGGCAGGUGGAGGAUGCUGAGGACAGAAAGAAAGAGGAACUGGACCAGCUGGCGAUGGUUCGCACCAUGCUGAGGGAUAUGCAGAGGAAUCGGGAGAGGGUCAAGAUGUCAGCAAGGAAACUUAACAUUUCUCUUGAUUGAGCUGGGAUUUUUACAAUCGUUGGAGUGCUGGUAACACUGAAAUAUUUUGAAUUCCGUCCAUAUUUAUUCAUUGCUUCGUGUCGGCAUUUUAUGUUGUAAUUCAUGCAAUACAUUUUUCAUGUUUUGCAUCACUUAAAGGGUAUUGUGUGAAAUGCAAGACAGAUGCAUUUUAUUUUAUUUCAUUUUUUAUUUGCACACCUAGUUACCAAUAAUGCUUAAAGCAU